GCAUGCUGAAGUAUGUGAGCAAGAGGUGGGGUUAUUUGGAGUGGGUGUUGGAGACAACCAAUGAGAGCAAUAGGGGAGAGCAUGACGAGAAUGUUAUGUUUUUCAUAACAGUGGUUCCCACCAGUAGGAGUGGGGUGGAGUUUGCCGAUACAACACAGAAUAAACGCUGAAACACAGCAUUGGGAGAGUGUACAUAGCAUUGGAGAAAGGAACGGGAACGUAACAGCUAGAGGGGGAGAAGGACAAUAGGACGUAGACUUCAAAAUUGAGUGCUGAGAGAGAACAGCCAGCCCAUGUGAUAUAGCAGCAGCGGGAUGGAGUAUGUAGAUGGGGUAGACUUGCCUUAAAGCUGGAGAAGAAGUGGAAUCCUCAAGAGAAGAAAAAAGUUUUUAAUCUCCGGUCUAAUGGGCAAAGUCUCAAGAGAGAUGAUCAAGUCCUUCAAACAGACAUUUUUGUCGCUGGAGCUGCAGUCACCCAGGUGGAGCUCAGCAGAGAUCGCGGUGCAAGAUUACGAGCUGCGUCACUACGAGAUGGCCAAAUGGGCUAGCACAGUAAUUCAAGGAGAGACGCAAAAGGAGGCAUUGCGCCAGGGCUUCUGGAAGCUCUUCUACUACAUUCAGGGGAAGAAUGAGAAAGAGAUGAAGAUUGAGAUGACUGUGCCAGUGACGUGCCUGGUGAAAUCUGGUUGCACAGACUUCAAGGUCUCAUUCUUUGUGCCAUUCGAGCAUCAAGACUCCCCACCACAGCCCACAGACCCAGAUGUCUUCAUUGAGGAGCGGAAGGGAGAGGCCAUCUUUGUCAGGUCCUUUGGUGGGUUUGCCUCUCCAGAGAAGUAUGCUGAGGAAGCCCAGGCACUGGCCAGAAUCCUAAAGAAUGUGGGUCAGUCAUUCCAUGAAGACUUCUAUUAUACUGCUGGCUAUGACAGUCCCUUCAAGCUCUUCAAUAGGCACAAUGAAGUGUGGUAUUUCAAGAAAUAAUACGGGAGUGUUGGAUGAAGAUAGACCUUGCUUGUGCCUUUUGCUUCCAUGACUUUGUAUGUACUGAAGAGAAACUUUACUCAUACAGACUUUUGUGUAUGUGCUAGCCAGUGUGCAGAGACCUCCCCAUUCCAUUUUACUUAGGACUAUAGAUCAGACACUGACUUCAAAAACCCAUGUCUCAAAUUUCUGUGCUCCUUAGCAUAUCUUCAAGUAUAAAAUACAGAAGGCUGUCUCUGUUUUGAUCAGUUUUAGAGUCUGUUCAGACCUGCUGCUCUCUCAGGGGUAGCAGGUGUGUCUCCAAAUCCAUUGAACAUAGAGAACAGCUGUGAUGUGAAAGUGUACAAUUUGUGACUAAGUGAUUUAGGAGCUUCUGAAAAAAGGUAGAAAAAUCCCCUAAAGGCUGCUGCUCCAACUGCUAUGGUGUGGGAAGGCAAGGCUAUGGUGGUGGACAAAGGCUAGUGCCUUGUCAAUAAGAUUUGAUGCCACUUUCAUCCAAGUGUAGUCACUGUUAUGGAUGCCUGUUUCUACCAAGGCUUGUUUUAUCCUGUCCUCAGCAGUGGGACACCUAUGUUUGGAGCUGUCUGACAGCAGUUGUUAAACCCUAUUAUUUUCAGAGCAGUGACCCAGGCAGGUGGAUGCACAAAUGGGUGGGUGAAAGCUACUGGUGCUAGCAUUAAAUGUACCAGCUUGUGCCACUUCUUACCUUUCAGCCUGAAGACAAUUAACCAUAUUUGAUUUUUAAUAAAACAGGUGUUUUUCAUUUACACUUGAAAGUAUGGUAUUAAUCACUCCAGAUAAGAAACUACUGAGAUUUUACAGGUGCCAAAUCUUUCAUUUACACACUAGCCUCUUAAUGACCUUUUCUCUUUAUAACAUUCAAAGGUCCACACACACUGUACUAUUUUAUAAACUGCUGUACUUUAAUAGUAAGGAUGGCUUUUGUAGAGUGACUUAACCUGUGCAAUAAUAUUUAGAAGCAAAAAAUAAUUAAAUGCCUUCUGAUCCUGGA